GGAGCCCGAGGAGCAGGUGAAAAGCUAGAAUAUUUAAAGAGUUGGAGCUGCAUCCAAUGUUAAAAUGGCACCAGGUGACUUAAAAAGAAGCUUACGGAACCUAGAGCAAGUAUUACACACACUAAAUUAUCCUAACGAGGUGGAUUCUGCAGGUUUGAUAAAAGGAGAUGCACCAGUUUCUUUGCCCAUCAUCAGCUAUUCUCUUACCUCGUACUCACCUUAUGUAACGGAACUCCUGAUGGAUUCCAAUGUAGAACUCAUAGCAAAGAAUGACGUGUGCUUUGUAGAUACUGUCUAUAAGCUUCUCCGUGAUCAAUUUAACUAUAAACCAAUUCUGACAAAAAAGCAGUUCAUCCAGUGUGGAUUUGCUGAAUGGAAAAUCCAAAUAACUUGUGAUAUUUUGAAUUUUGUUAUGAAAAAGCACAAGGAGUUGAGUGGUCAGCAGAAGGCUCCAUCGCAACAAAGAGAGAAAAUUGUUUUUAAGUCAGAACCUUCUUCAAGCAGUGAGAAAACAUCUGAAGAACCUGUUGGUGUUGAUAUUACUGGCAAGUUUCUGACUUCAGGAAAGAAAAAAGUGGUGGUGAUCCGUCAUCUGUAUGAUGAAGAUAAUGUUGAAAUUCCUGAAGAUACAUCAAGUACAGUGACAGAGGUUAAAGAAACAUUUGAUGUGAAUGAUGUAAAUACUACUGAAAUAGACAUUCCUGAAGUAAAGGACCCUGAAGUCAAGGCUGAGCAGCAAGAUAUAAAUAUUACUCCUGAGAUCACUGUGCUACAGACUAUGCUUGCUGAAUGCCAAGAAAAGCUUAAGAAACUUACUUUCUUGGAGAACAGGUUAGACUAUUUAGAGGAAAAAAUGAAAGGAAAAGUGAUGGUAAAUGAAAAGACCUGGAUUAACCUCCUAAGUUGCGUCACUCUUCUUGAAACAGAAAUGCUUUUAUCAAAAAAGAAUGAUAACUACAUAGAGCUUAAUGAAAUAAAUGAGGACCAUGCUUCUACCAGUAGCAUGAAUCCUGAUAAAAAAAACAAAAUGGAAGGGCAAGCCCAUGUCCCUCUGUCCUCUGGUUACAGCACAGCAUCACCAGACUCCACUCCCAGAGCCUCGACUGUGAACUACUGCGGGUUAAAGGACUUUUCAGAGGAAACAACAAUCCAGAAAAUGGAAAGGAUGAAAACAAUGUUUGAAGAGACUGCAGAGUUGCUGAAAUGCCCAAAUCAAUAGUAUUUUCUGCAUGAACUUCUAAAAUUUUGCUAUUGUACAUGUUGUAUAUUUAAGAAUUCUCUUUAAAUUUUUAAUAUACUGUUUGGUUAAUAAUUUGAAUUCCCUUUCUUAGAGUUUCUUCAUUUCUUAAUGAAUAAAUAGUUUCAAAUUU